AUGGAGAUUGAUGGAACGUCUCAGCGACUUUCAAAUCUGCCAACAGCUUGGACUUUGGGGUCAACAUGCACAGGGACAGGUGCAUUUGAGCUUGUGUCAGAUGCUGUUUGCAAUGCAUUGAACGAUGCAUUGAGCGACAAGACCGGAACAACAUUCGUUCACCAUGAAAUAGCAUGCGAAAUCGAAAAGUACAAGCAGGGCUUGCUCCUGAAUGUCCUGCCUGGAGAUUGCUGCCUUUUCAGUGAUGUUACACAGUUGAAGACGGAUGAAGAGCGAACUUGUGUUCGACAUCGGAACAAGUGUGAGCUUCCCAAGAAGCUAUUUGGAUUUACCAGUGGCUUUUCGUGCAAGUCAUUGUCAAAGUUGCAAAAUGCACAAUCAUUGAAGAAAGCUCUGGCCAACCGCGAUCAGGAAAGUUCCAGCUUCAAGACAUUUGCUGGAAACCUUGAUGUGCUCAGCCUGUCAUCUCCUUUGUGGGUCAUUCUAGAGAAUGUAGAUCUUGGGAGCGACGAAGGCGCAGAUAGCAAUUCAGCUAUGGUUUCCGAACAGCUCGCGAGCGUUGGGUACACGACACGUCUGAUUCUUCUCAGGGCUGACCAGUUUGGUCUUCCACAGCGCCGAAAGCGAUUGUUCAUAAUCGGGAUCAACAAUGACCGAGCGAUGGAAGAGUUGCUUGAUACUCCAGAGCAGAUGUUGCAUUCUGUUAUCAACACCUUCCUCCCGGCUAUGAAAGUUGAGAACCCACCUGUGGAUGCUUUCUUGUUGGCUGACGAUGAUCCUGAAGUGGACGCAGAGCGUGAUCGAAGGACCCAAGUUGCAGCCAAUCGUGAAGCAAAGAAGCAUGAGGUGGUGCCGACGAUACUACCUUCCGGCACCGUGCGGGAUGUGGAAAAGUCACGUCUUCACCUUGGCCGCGAGCAACUUGCUCUUCAGGGAAUCCGCUACCAGAAGCGCGUGAAUCUGAGCAACAAUCAAAUGCAGGAUUUGGCGUGUGGGCGGGCCCGUCCCUUCUCGGCGGCGCCGCCUCGUCCCAGCGAUCUGCUGGAAACGGCGCAACGGCUGCCUGCUGGGAACUACAUUGCAGUCUGCGUGGCACUUCGGCUGGGCUAG